CGUGUGAGGAUAUGAGUCAACCUUUGUAUGAACAUUAUGUGGUAGGGAGGGGCUGAGUGAGAGCACAAGUACACGGAGGGAGAGAUAGGGAAGUCUGACCAGGUCAGAUGGAUACCGCAGCACCUCGACGCUUCAGAUGUUACUUUCUCCUGGCUGUGAUCAUUCUCGUCUGUCCUCCACCAUCAUGGAUCUCUUGUUUGUCACAAGAGGAUAUAUAUUAAACAGAGCAAUUGGUCGGACUGACACCAGCUACCCUCUUCAAGUGGAUUUCUGAAACAAGGUAGACUCCUUCAGUAUGCUGAACCAUCCUCCACCUCCCACACGUCAGUGCCUCUUACUCUCCCUCUUGUUACUGGUGUGUGGUUGGAACAAGGCAGCCUGUUCUUUUGGGGAGGGCAGGAAGCUUUGGCAACAGCCCAAACUGGACCCUAUCAGCAAAGACCAGUCUUUCAUUCAUGACAGUUUCCCCUCAGGAUUCCUUUGGGGUUCAGGGACGUCUGCCUUCCAGACUGAGGGUGCCUGGGAUCAGGAGGGGAAAGGCCCAUCCAUAUGGGACCAUUUCACCCACUCCACUGUCAGUGGUAAUUUGACAACCGAGACUGCCGAUGUGGCUAGUGGCAGCUACACUCGCUGGGAAGAAGAUCUGGAGGCACUGGAGUAUCUGGGUGUUAGAUUCUACUCUUUCUCUCUCUCCUGGCCCAGGAUCUUUCCUGAUGGGAAUGCCAGAGGUCAGCCAAAUACAGCUGCUGUGGAACAUUACGGCCGUCUCAUAGAGAGGCUUCUGGAAAAGAAAAUUGAGCCCAUUGUCACUCUCUAUCACUGGGACCUUCCACAAGUUCUUCAGGAGGACUAUGGAGGCUGGAGAAACGACACAGUGGUGGGAUUGUUUGAAGAGUAUGCUGCCUUUUGUUUCCGGACAUUUGGGAGCCGUGUUAGGUACUGGCUCACAAUGCAUAAUCCAUACCUGGUGGCUGUACAGGGGUAUGGUACAGGUGUGCACGCUCCUGGAGAAGCAGGGGGUCCCGCUAGCUCUCUCAUUGUGGCCCACAACCUGAUCAGGGCACACGCCAAAGCAUGGCACACCUACAACACCCACUUCCGUCCAACUCAGAAGGGUAAAGUAUCCAUUGUUUUGGGAUCCCACUGGGUUGAGCCUCAAAGAGGCCAAGCCACAGAUGCUAAUGUUGAGCUUUGCCAGCAGUCAAUAGAGGCUGUCCUUGGCUGGUUUGCCAACCCUAUCUUUGGUCAUGGGGACUACCCGGUCUCUUUAAAAAUCAAGCAUGGGGCCCUCUUGCCGACAUUCUCUCCUGAAGAGAAGCUCUGGGUGCAGACAACAGCUGACUUUUUUGCUCUGUCCUUCGGGCCUAACAACCUCCGUCUUGGCCGGGGCCUGGUCCACUAUGGGCAGACUGUGACCCCAGACCUGAGGCGCAUACUGGGCUGGAUAAAGCUAGAGUAUGGAGAUCCGAGGGUGCUAGUGGCUGAGGGAGGCUGGUUUUCUGAAGCCAGUGAGGGGAAGGAGGACACAGUGGCCAUUUACCUGAUGAAGAGGUUUAUCAACCAGGUCCUGCAAGCUGUUAGGUUUGAUGGUGUGCAGGUGUUUGGCUACUCCGCCUGGUCAUUGGUGGAUGGAUUUGAGUGGAAUUAUGGCUUCACUGUGAGGAGAGGCCUUUUCUACAUUGACUUCAGCCAACCAAACCGAAUCAGGACCCCAAAGACCUCUGCUCAGUACUACAGGCGUGUUGUCGCUGACAAUGGUUUCCCCAGUGAUGAAACCACCAGAGAUCUCAAAGGCCGUUUCCCCUGUGAAUUUCACUGGGGUAUUGCUGACUCCACCUUACAGGUCCACUUCUACCCUUUCUCACCCCAGUUUACUGAUGCCCAUUUGUACAGCUGGAACCUGACAGGAGACGGAUCAUUACGUCCAGUCCCAGGAGUGACGAUGCACACCAGACGAGCACAGUGCACUGACUACUUGGCUAUCCGUGGUCAUCUUCGCCUAUUUGUGUCCACUGGGGCAUCUCACUACCGCUUUGCCCUAAACUGGUCUCUGAUUUUACCCCAGGGAGACCUCUCUAAUGUGAACACUGAAGCUCUGAGGUACUACCGCUGUGUCCUGACCGAGCUCAAGAAGCUGGACCUGAAGGCUGUCGUUAUUCUCUACCACCCCACGAAAAGAGUUCCAAAUCUGGGCUUGCCUGGGCCAUUGCAUGCCUCUGGUGGUUGGCUCAACAGCAGCACUGUGGGGGCCUUUCAGGAAUAUGCAGCACUGUGCUACCAACAACUGGGGUCCUGGGUUCCAUACUGGAUCACCGUCAAUGAGCCAAACAGACUGGUAGAUGUUUAUUCCAGUGGGGAAGAGAGACAUCAGGCAGCUCAUAAUCUUCUUCUGGCUCACGCAAAAGCCUGGAGGCUGUAUGAGAGGGAGCACUCCAGUCAACAGAGCGCACUAGUAUCCCUCGCAUUACAUGCUGACUGGGCCGAACCUGCAAACCCCUUCCUGGACUCGCAUACAGCAGCAGCACAGAGAUUCCUUUUGUUUGAACUUGGUCGUUUCUUGGACCCACUGCUGGGGACUACAUAUGAGGAAAAUCAUAGCAAGGGGGACUACCCGCAAGAAAUGAAGGCAUACCUGGAGGAGAAAGCUAGAGUAAUGGGCCUCCCGGGAUCUCCUCUUCCUAACUUUACUGAGACUGAGAGGGAGGAGCUGAGAGGGACAUUGAGUUUUAUUGCCCUGAACCAUUUUACCACCCGUUUGGUCUCUCCAUAUCCCCACACACAGGCCAAUUUUCAGCAGAAACAACCCCCUGAUCAUGAUUGUUUGACACUUUCUGACCCCACCUGGCUCUCCUCAAGGCAGGGGCAGGCUCUUGUACCCUGGGGCCUGCGGAAGAUCCUAAACUGGGUGAACCAGAGAUAUGGAAGGGCCCUGCCUAUCAUCGUCACAGCCAGUGGGGUUGAUGACCAGGCUCCUGUGGAGGACAAACUCAGGCAACACUUUCUCAGGCGUUAUCUGCAGGAGGCCUUCAAAGCUAGCCAACUAGAUGGAGUCAACCUGCAGGGCUUCUACGUGUGGGAGCUGCAAGAUCGACACGUCCCUCAGUUUGGCCUCUUUACCUCAGCCCGCCACCAAUCCAAAGCCAAAGCCUCCAUCAUUGUCUACAGAGAAAUCAUCACUCAUGGCGGUUUCCCUGGGGAUAACACCACGCAGACCUGCAGGUUUAGUCAGCUGCAUGAACCUUGCUCUUUAUGCGCGUGGAUGUUCAAGAACAAAGCGAUGCUGGUGUUUGGAGGUUGCCUCCUGAUAACAGCUGUAAUGCUGGCAGGGCUUGUGAUCUUUGUCAUCGUCACCAAGAGCAACCAAACAAAAGGCAGGGGGAGGGGGGUGAACAGGAUGAGGAGGAGGAGGAGGAGAAGGGAAGGGGUUCCUGUAUGCUCAUGUCCACCUGUUAAGCGCUGACUGUAGAGACAAUGACGCUGUAAUGUAGCAGACAAACUGUGGGUGGCUCAUUGACAGAGAAGAUCUAUAAUUGUGUCUGGUCCAGUAAUGAUUGUAUAUCUGCUUGUAACAAAUGUGUGAUCAGUUUACCAACAAUUACUGUCAAGAAAAAGUGUCACCAUUAGUUUUACUGUAAUAAAGGGUUAUUGUGUUAAGGUCAGUGAUGAUUACAUUGUGUAGUUCAGACUAAAAUGUAACUUUAAUAUGAUAUUUUAUAUGGUAAGUUCAGGACAGAUUUAACUGUGGGUUGCGCCAAUUUUUGUAAAAACGUAUUUUCAAGUGGUAUCCACUUUACUCAAACACAAGAAGUGUUUCACAGUCACAGACUGUAUGAAUCUUCACGGGACAAUGAUGCCCCCUAGUGUCACAGUUUGAAGCUCUGAAGGAACAAAAUGAAAGACGGAAGGCUUUUGAUUAAAAAAUGGGAAGAAUACCAAAAAGGUACCAUGUAAGCUCACGUGUUAGUGUCCAGCAGUGUCUGUGAUUGUGGACCACUGAGAUAUUGCAUUUCAGAAGCUGACAUAGCUGUUGGCAGUGGCUCAGCCUACAUUAGAGUACACCUGAGCAUGUAACACACCUGGAUGAGUUUUCUGUCUUAAUUGUGCUUCUCUGGUCACUUAAAAGUAAAUUUAAUUUCAACUCAUCGUUGUCCUUAUUUGUCUUCAAAAGCAUACACCCCAUGAUUCCCAUCUUUGUAUGUAUUUGUGUAUAUGAGAGACAGACACACCGGUUUAACUGGGAUCAUGAGAUGAAAAGGAGCUGCUUGCUGUUAACUGCAGCAAUGGAAAGCAACUGACUCUUAAAGGUUGACAAGACUGCAUGUGAUACACACUUUAGACUUGAGAGCUGCUUACUUUAACAGUGUCGCCCAACUUCCUCAUUAUUUUGAGUAUAAGUUAGUGUUCAAAUAAUAAUAAUAAAAUGCAAUCUAUUAGUUAUUGUGUGGAAAACCCCUGUUUACUCUCA